AUUCCUCCUGGGAUUCCCAAUUCCUGAACCCCGUAGUCUCUCCUCUUGGAUUGCUCCGUUCCCGAGGCUUCACAGCGCGCUGCACCUCAACGCCGCGGCAUCUCCCUCCCGCCGUUUCCUCAAGGGCCGCGCGGAUGGAAUCGCUCACGUGCGCUCCCUUUCCUUCCCAUCGCCCACUCCUAUGCGCCAAUGCCUCCGCGCCUUCCGCUCUCUUCCCCCCGCCCUCCGCUCCGCCCUCCUGCAGCUUCCGCGCUCACUCUCUCCCCCUCACAGCGCACCCCCUGAGCCGUUCCCCCUCUCGCCCGCUCGCCUCCCCUUUGGCGGAACCCUCGCUUGUCUCCGCUCUCGCCUCAGCACAUCCUUCCGCUCCCCCCUUCCCGCUCCCCCACCCGCGCACCCACCGCUCCGCCUCGCACCGGACCGCGCGUUCAUUUGCGCUGGGUGACGCGGAAGCUGACGUAUCCCCCGAUGCCUCUCCGCCACCGCUCCCCCCACCGCUCCCCGCGCCGGCUCCAUCGGCGCAAGACGCGGAAACGUCCGCUGGCGCAAAGUGGGAGAGGCAGGGGGGAGCGACGGCGGGAGCGGGGACAAGGAGAGGGGAGAUCUCGCGGGGGGGCUGGGGCGGGGGGAGAGGUCGCGGGGAGACAGCGCGAGAGGAAAGGAUCGGACGUGUUGAGAGGGGGGGGAGAUGGGAGAGAGGAGGGAGAGGGGAGCGAUGGGGGACAUGGGAGAGGGGGGAUAGAGGCCAGGACGGGUCGAGCCACGGGUCGAGCGACGGGGAGAGCUGCGAGGAGAGCCGAUCGAACAGAUCGAUCAAUGGCGCUUCCUCCUCUUUCUCCUCCUCCUCCUCCUCAUUUUCCUCUCAAGACCUCUCUACGCGUUUCGGCCAGACGCAGCAGCGGUUGUACGGUAAUCGGCGGCCUGGCAACAAGCGGCGUCAGCCUUACGAUCCGCAGCAGUCGUCGCGCUGGCGACCGUCGCCUGUCGCAGGAGAGUCGCGACUGCAAUCGCAGGCGACGACAUCCGCAGAGCCAGUCGCAGAGCCAGUCGCAUACGAGCCGCAGCUGGGCGAUCGCGUGAUCGGCGUCGUAACGGGCACGGCGGGCGAUGGGGGCGUGGAUAUCGAUAUUGGCGCGCAGCUGCUGGCGCGCGUGCCCGCUCGCGAGGCCGUGGCGCUGUGCCCGGUAACGGCGGCAGGGGGAGUCGGAGGAGGAGCGGGAGGGGGAGGGGGAGCAGGUGGGGGGCAUGGUGGCGCGGAGGACUGUGAUUGGCUGGUCAUCCCCCGGCCACGGCCCCAUACCACCACCGCAACAGCUGCCACCCAGAGCACUGAUGCUGCUGCUGCUGUGGGUGCUGCUGCUCACGGGGCGGGCAGCAGCAGCACAGUGGAUACAAGUGCUGCUGCAGCCAUUACCACCCAUGCUGCUGCUGCGGCUGAUGCUGCUCUUGCUGCUACUGAUACCGAUACUGAUGUGGAUACGGAUAGUGAUGCUGGUGCUACCGCUGCUGGGGAAUCUGCACAAGCAGGGGAGGCCUGUCAAGCUCCCCCCGCUUCCUCCCCUCCCCCCUUCCUUGCCCCUUUUGGGGAGUUCCGGCUGUUGCGCGGGGCGCUGGGGGAAGCGGGGGGCGCGCUGGAGGGGACGGUGACGGGGCGGCCGCUGGUGUCGGUGCGAGUGAGGGCCAUGGACGUGGCGUGGGAGAGGUGCCGCCAGAUCCUGGCGGAGGGAGAACCGUUCAGAAUCACCAUCGUUAGCAGCAACGUGGGGGGGCUUGAAGCGCGGAUAGAGGGAUUGAGGGCGUUCCUGCCUCUGCCGUACCUGCUCAACAACGCAGACGGCUCCAUGCCCGAGCUGCAGUCCCUGGUGGGGCGGCGCCUGUGGGUGUUGCUGGUGGAGGCGAAGCAGCAUGCGAACCGGCUCAUACUCAGCGAAGCGGCAGCCAUGGAGUACGAGGUCGCUCGCUCCCUGCGGCGGGGCUGUGUGGUGCGCGGCAAGGUUGUGCGCAUCACAGCGCACGGUGCCAUGGUGCUCAUCGACCACAUUGGCAAGCGUGCGCUGCUGCACGUGUCGAACAUCUCGCGCGUGCGCGUGGCAGCAGCCGGGGACGUGUUCGCCCUGGAUGAGCUCGUCACGGCGCUCGUCAUCCGCAACGACAGCAAGGGCGUGGCUCUCAGCACGCGGGACUUGGAGCCAGUGGACGGACUCAUGUUCACAGACAAGCAGGCUGUGUAUGAUGCAGCAGAGGAGAUGGCAUGGCGAUACCGAAGGGAUAUGGAGGAGGAUGACGACGACUAUGACUACGAGGAAGAGGGGAGGUUGGAAGCGGAGGGUGUGGAGGGGGGAGGGAAGAAAGCAGAGGUUGGGGAUGGCGACAGGAAAGGAGUUGGUGAUCAGCAGGAUGGUACGGGCACUUCUUCUAUGGAGGCUGAUGCAGAGCAGCAUGAAAAAACUCCUGAUUUCGCCAACAUUGGUUGGGUGAGAUUUGAGGUGUCAUAGGCAUCUGAAUGACGAAGGUGGACUCUUGACAUA